GGAGAUGGCGUGGGACCAAAUGUGGGGAACUGUCUGGUCCUGAUCCCGACGGUAGCACUGUUGGACCAAGAUGCAGCAAAGAUCAAAGAUCAGAGAUGCUUCAGCGGCCACCGCCAAGCACCAACUGCCCGCCAUGUCCGACGCCCUCCCCGCCGACUACCUGCACCGCAUCUACGCCGGCGUGCUCGGCAAGCUGAUCGGCGUCUACCUGGGCCGCCCCUUUGAGAACUGGACCUACGCCCAGAUCCGGGACCGGCUGGGCCCCAUCCACCACUACGUCCACGCGCGCCUGGGCCUGCCGCUCGUCGUCAUCGACGACGACGUCUCGGGCACCUUUGCCUUUGUGCGCGCCCUGGACGAGCACGCCGUGUCCACCUCUACCCCUCUGACCCCCGCCCACGUCGGCGCCACCUGGCUCAACCACGUCAUCGAAAAGCGCUCCGUCUUUUGGUGGGGCGGCAACGGCAUCUCGACCGAGCACACGGCCUUCCUCAACCUGCGCCGCGGCCUCGCCCCACCCCGCAGCGGCUCGGCGUCGGUCAACGGCCGCACCGUCGCCGAGCAGAUCGGCGCCCAGAUCUUCAUCGACGGUUGGGCCCUCGCCAGCCCCGGCAACCCGGCCCAGGCCGCGCGCCUGGCCGCCGCCGCCGCCUCCGUCAGCCACGACGGCGCCGCCGUGCACGCCGCCGUGCUGUGGGCCGCCAUGGAAGCCGAGGCCUUUGUGUCGCGCGACGUCGACCACCUGCUGGACACGGGGCUGUCCUUUAUUCCCGAGGACUCGCCCAUCGCGCGCCUCGUCGCCGACGUGCGCAUCUGGAACGCCGAGCUCGGCCCGGACGCGUGGGAGGUGACGCGGCGGCGCAUCGAGAAGCGAUAUGGCUACAACAAGCACGCCGGCAUCUGCCACGUCGUGCCCAACCACGCCGUCAUGGUCCUGGCCCUGCUCGCGGGCGGCCACGACUUCUCGCGCGCCAUGCACAUCGUCAACACGUGCGGCUGGGACACCGACUGCAACUCGGGCAACGUCGGCUGCCUCGUGGCCGUCAUGCACGGGCUCGAGGGUCUGGACCAGCACGGCGACAGCCUCGACUGGCGCGGCCCGCUGGCCGACCGUGCCCUCAUCUCGAGCGCCGACGCCGGCUACUCCAUCAACAAUGCCGCCCGCCUCGCCUACGAUAUCGCCAACCAGGCCAGGAGGCUUGCCGGAGUGGAGGGUAACCUGAAGCCGCCGAAAGGAGGUGCUCAGUUUCACUUUUCGCUACCCGGGAGCGUCCAGGGCUUCAUGACGGGCGUCUCAAUGCCAGGGUCGCUGGCAAAGGUUGGCCAUGGCCAAAUUGAUGGCGUUGGCGCUUUGAAGAUCGACGUCGAGUUGGGCGAGUCAGGGGUCGACGUCUUCACAGAUACCUUUACCCCUCUGGAAGUGCUCACCGUCGAUCGAAACUACGAAAUGAUGGCCUCGCCCCUCAUCUACCCAGGGCAAAGGCUGAAAGUCGUCGUGGGUGUCGGCGCCCGCGGCUCGGGAUACGUCUUGGUAAAGCUCCGUGUCAAGGCCUACGACUUUAACGACACUCUUUUUACAACCGACAGCGGCGGGGCCUUGAUUUUCGAGCUCGGCGCUCAGGAACCCGGCACCAUCCUGGAGUGGACCGUCCCAGAAUUCCUGGCCAACAAGCCAAUCCAGCAGGUGGGCAUAGCCAUCGUCCCCUUAUGCGGCACCACAGACAGCGACGCCGCCACGCCAUGCCGCGGCACCAUCUGGCUCCACAGCCUGGGAUGGGACAUCGCCGCACCGCGCAUGGAGCUGCGACGGCCGUCCCGGGACCUGGCCACCGGCUCUUUCGACAUGUGGGAGCGGGCCUGGGUCGGGUCCAUGGACAAGGUGCACAAGUCGCUGGGCCGGCCCUUCUUCAUGGCCCACGACAGCGGCGAGGGGCUGCUGUACCAGGGCACGCGCGACUGGACCGACUACACGGCGGCUAUUGACAACUUCAGCAUCGGCCUCGCCGCCGGGCCCAUGGGCGUCGCCAUCAGGGUCCAGGGCAUGAACAGGUACUACGCCCUCGUGCUGCGCGGGUCCGAGCCCAAGCCCGACGGCGACGCCUCUUCUGUGUCGAGAGAGGUGGCCAUCAUCAAGGCUAGAGACGCCGAGCGGACCGUGCUCGCCAUGCAAAGGUUUGACUGGGAGCUGGAUGCGGCGUACAACCUUAGCAUCAGUGCCGUGGGCAGUCGGAUGGUUGGUAGCGUCUCUAGAGAUGGAAAUGCCGAUAGGGUUGUGUUGAUAGAAGCAGUUGACGAGGCACCCUGGAGGGACACAAACUACGGGUGCGAGUUCAGGGGCGGCGGCGCGGGUUUUGUCGUCACAGGCGGUGCCGUGUCUGCCGACUGCUUGCGCAUCACUCCAGCGGCCAGGCAAGACGCGCACCAGUGAGAGCAUAAGCCCGAGAGUCGGCAGCUAGAGUCUGGUUUGGCUACUCUGUCAAUGCACACGAAGAAACGAGAUUGCACCAGACUCAUGCCCCAGCACAACAAGCUCCCCAAAGUUGGCCACACAGCGCGCAUGAUACUCCUCCGGGAGCCAAACCGCCUUCUCCCUUUCCCGCUGCACCCAGUCAUGACUGACGAAGAGGGGUAGACGAUGGAAGUAAUUGGCGAGGGAGGACGCCGACGAGGAAGCGGAUCGACCUGGAACCGCCAACGCCCCCCUGUCCGUCUCGAGGUAUCUACCGCAAGACGAAAAGGACACGGUGCGGACUACUAUACCCGCAUCCAUCACUUCCUCUGACCCGGUCUUGGCGUCCCAGAACUUGAUCCUCCCGUCUACGGCGCAGUAGGCGACCACUUGGCCAUCGGGUGAGAAGGCACUGCACGUCAUGGCGUGCCCGCCCAUCCCGAGGACUUCGCGCGUCUCGUGCCGGGCCACAUCCCAGACCCGAGUGCUUGCGUCCUCCGAGCUGGACACGAGCUGCGUCCCGUCAGGCGAGAAGGCAACAGAGUUCACCGGUCCCGUGUGGCCCGCGAGCAACGCCACUGGCUCUGCCGUGCGCGCAUUCCAGAUGAUGACAUUGGCAUCUGCAGAGCAUGACGCCAGUGUCCGGCUGUCCCUCGAAAAGGCCAUGUCACCGACCGGGAGCCUGUGGCGCUCCAGCGUAGCCAAAGCCGCCCCAGUGUCCGGGCUCCACAGUCGAAUCGAGUUAUCGGCCGCCAACGACGCAAGCAUUCGAUUGUCCGGCGAGAAUACUGUGAGCUGAACCUCAUCGGUAUGGCCUUCGAGAGUGUGGUGUGCCGAUCUCGAAUGUGCGCUCCACAGCCUGAUCGUCUUGUCGCUCGACGCUGAUGCAAUAAGCAGUCCGUCUGGGGAGAAGGUGAGGUGCUCGAUCGCAGCCGAAUGGCCAGUCAAACUCCAAUGCUCAGACAGCUCCUCCACCAGCCACAACUUGACUGUACCGUCAUGUGAAGCCGUAGCAAGGAACCCUCCGUCCGGCGAGAAGACGGCGCACGUUACCGCUUCGGAAUGCCCCUUGAACUCGCCCUUGGCCAGUAUGGCCGAGUCUUGCAUCUUGAUCAUGGUGGAAGGGAGGGCAAUGUCGCUGGUGCUCUCCAGAAUUGUGAAGCCUGCAAGCUCUAUCACGGGCGACGGCGCCCGGUCGUGAAACUGCUCGAUCAUCAAAAACCCAUUGUCGUCAUCGUCCAAGUCUUGAAAGUCCUCCAAUUGGCCUUGCGGCUUCCAAGAAUCCACGUCCCAGAGCCAGACCUCGUCGUUGAAGCACCCAGACGCCAGGGCUUGGCGGUUGGGAGAAAAUAAUACGGCGUUGACGCCGCUUGUGUGGCCUCGGAGGGUGUGCAGGGGGGCUCCGGUAGCGGCGUCCCACACCCGGAUGGUCUUAUCAUCGCCACCAGAGACGAUAAGUCGAUCGUCCGGCGAGAAAGUGACGGCCAUGAUCUUUUUGGUGUGCCCCCUCAUCAUCAAUAUCUCGCUCCAUCUUGCCACAUUCCAGACCCUUACCGUCAGGUCGUCGGAGCCAGACAGGAUGUGCUUUCCACCACUCGAGAACCUGACCGAGUUGACGGCGCCCGAAUGGCCGUCAAGUAUUGCGCGGAGCUCUCCCGAGCCGCCCGACACGUCCCAGACGCGCACCAUCUGGUCCACCGAACCCGCCACGAUGGAUGCCCCAUCGGGGGAGAAUGUGGCCGAAUUCACACAGCCCGCCUGAUUGCUGAACUGGCAAAGGUUCCUCCCGCUUUCCGGGUCCCACAGCGCGAUGGUUUCGUCCAUUGAUGCCGACAUGAGCAACUUGUUGUCAGGCGAGAAGGCCACAGAGUUGACCCAGCGCUUGUGCGUCUUGAGCAUGUGUCGCAGCUCACGUGUCCUGAAAUCCCAAACAGCGACGGUGAAGUCGUCCGAACCGGCGGCGAUGGUCCUUCCGUCUCGCGAGAUGGCGACAGAACUGAUCUUGUCCGACGGGCCUUCGAAUUUGCACGCCACAGCUUUUGUAGCAACGGUCCAAAGUCUGGUCUCGGAGCCCAUCGAGCCCGACGCAAUGUAGCGCCCGUCAGUCGUGAACGCCAAGUCAUUGACGUAGUUGGACUCGUCUUUUGUGGCUGGGACAUCGGCAGCAGCAACCCGGGCGCCCCUGACCCAGGGGUGGAGCUGAUUCAAGAGGUGCUCCCGCAGUUCGUUGGGCUGGAGGAAGGCGAUUGCAGCGCAGUAUAUCUGGAGUGGUGCCUGCUUGAUGACGUUCAAAAACGUGAAUAGCAGUCGCCUGGCAUCUCCGACAAAGAGACUCUGACGCUUGUUGCACUCAGGCUGUGACUGUGUCAGGUUUGGAGUCCUGGUAGCAAGAGGUGUCUGAGAAGGUCGUAAACAUGGGGCAACUGACGUACCACAAGCAGGGAGUUAUAUAGGCGAACAGUAGCCGUCAUUCCUGCGGUUUUACCCAAAAGGCUGAUGGCUUCAACCCAACAAAGGAAGUACUCUCGGAAAAAACAGUCCACUCGAUCGUUGUCGCAGAGGCGCUGCCCGCUCAUUUGGACGUGCUGAACCCAGUACAGGCAUGCGUACUCGAGCACAGGAGGGAUGUGCUGCUUAACAAUAUCUGGGUCGACGUCCUUGGCAAGGGUACCCGGGGACUCGAGGCCGCAUAUAUCUCUCUUGAGCAUCUCGGACAUGAUAUCGAUGCAGCUGUCAGCGAGGAUGGAGUGGGCUUCUCUCCCGUUCACCCAAAAGCUGGGAUCGCCGCACCGCUGGUUAUCGAGUAGGAAGUCGCGAAAUGUAGGGUGGUGGAGUCUGAGAGUUUGAGACGUGCUGCUGGGGAUGUGGAAGAUGGUGUGCAGGUCGGCGAGGACAUCCUUAAACGUUUCGCCAGGGGGCAGCUCGAUCAAGCGGCCAAGAGAGUCGAUAGAAAGAGGUGAUAAGAGAACCACGAUGCUCCCGAGGACUCGUUUAAGUACUAGGCAAACUUCAUCCUUCUCUGUCGGGCUGCUGUCCUGCGCAAUGGC